AUGGCGCCCAUGACCGUUGAAGAGCUGCAGAAGCACCCGGAGUUCGACCACACUAUCUGGAAACUCACACCAGACCAGGAAGGGACAGUAGCUGUGGCGAAGAGCCGAGGUGGCCCCGUCAACAUCUCCUACGAGGUCCACGGCCAUGGCGACCGCAAGAUUGUGUGGAUCAUGGGUCUUGGCGGCAUGAAGUAUGGCUGGCAGAGACAGACGAAAGACUUUGGACACACCCAAGCAGACAAGUACUCAUGUCUGGUGUACGACAACCGUGGUAUUGGCUCGUCAGAUAAGCCCCGGGCGCGGUACUCAACGUCUGAAAUGGCCCACGAUGUCAUCGAGGUCAUAGACCAUCUCGGAUGGUCAGGCACGCGCCAGCUGCAUAUCAUUGGCAUCAGCAUGGGCGGUAUGAUUGCACAGGAAGUGGCAAUGCUGAUCCCCAACCGGAUCUGCACACUCUCCCUCGUCUCCACCGCCGCCGGCGUCUUCCGCACCAACGGCUUCAUCGAGAACCUGUACAACCGCGCCGGCCUAUUCAUCCCGAAGUCAGUGGACUCGCAAAUCGACGGCGUGAAGAAGAACCUGUACUCGCCCGCCUGGCUCGACGCGCCCGACACCCUCGAUCCCGUCGUGCAGUCGUUUCCCACAAACGGCGACCGCUUCGCCGCAAGCGAGCUCUGGAAGCGGCAGCACCCGGAGUUCUUCGCCAAGCCGGGCUUCCUCCUGCAGCUCGUUGCGGCCGGCUGGCACUACAAGUCGCCCGAGCAGCUGCAGCAGAUCGCCCAGACCGUGGGCAAGAACCGCAUCAUGGUCGUGCACGGCACGCAGGACCGAAUGAUUACAUUUCCGCACGGCGUUGUGCUGUGGCGCGGGCUGGAGAAGGGGCAGGGCAAGACGGGGAAGGAGAACUGGCUUGGUGUGGAGGACGAGGCGGAUGUGUGGGAGGAGGGCGAGGUCGAGAAGCACUUUGUCAAGGGGCAGGGGCACGUGCUGCCUGUGGAGAUGCGGGCGGAGUUCCAGGGCUGGGUGGAGGCGCUGAUUGAUAGAGGGCUUGCGCUCAACCAGAAGGAGCAGAUAUGA